UCAAAUAUUUAUAUUUUGUUAGACCAAAAUUUAUAAUUUGUCUUUAUUAAGAGUGUCAAAUUUGGUCUGCGGUUAAAUCAUAAUGGCGUCUGUUUUAUUAAGUAAAUUAGAUGUUGGUUAUCUGGAGAAGUGUAGUGGGGAUAGCGGUAUUAAUUACGGUAUUAUAAUAGGACAAAAUAUAAAACCUGAAAGCUUCUUAGUAGUUCAUCUCGCAAAAAAUUGUGAAGAAGACAUGGAAAUUUUGCUAAAAGGCAACGAAAAUGAACUAUCGCAAGGACCUACUUGUAUAGCCGAAAUAAGCUCGCAAGCUUUGGCUACACAGUGGAUUAGCGCCAGCAAAAUGUGUCCAGGAUCAUUCAAUGUACAAGGCAAUUGUUUUAAAUAUAUUUAUUUUAUAUAUCCUGAUUUUAAAGGCGUUUUUGUUACCAGUGAGAAGCAGAACUUGGAUGAUGAAAAUACAUAUCUUGCUGCAAAAAAAAUGUUGCAUAAUUUGCAAACUAUACUUAUUCAGAGUAAUGUUUUCUGUGCUUCAAUUGAUGAAGAUAAUUUAACUUUGAUAUUUCUGGCAUACUCAGCAGCGAACAAGAAAGCAAUUUGUCAAGGUUAUACACAUGAUAUUAUGGGAGGCUCAUUUGCAACCAUGAACUGUCAUUUCAUAGAUAAACCUAUGGGCUGGCAUACAUUUGAAUGCUGCUAUGAAUUGGAUGAAAUAUUUCCAAUAUUUGAUGAUUCGCAGAGAAUUAAUAUAGAGAAUCAAUUUCAACGUGCUUUGUUAGCAAUGAAACGAAGUUUAUCCGAAAGUGAAAUGUUUAUAGAAAACAUUUGGGUGGAUGAAUCUUUACCUCUAGAUGGAUUUGUGGCAAGCAAUCGAAAGAAAGUCGUUAAUGAACAUUAUAAAGCAACUAUAUUUUUACCAGUGAAAUGUCAUCAAUAUAAUGAACACUCGGUCAAAGUACGAAAAUUUAAUGGCACGAUUCGGCUUUCUGGAAUUAUAUUUUCUAAAAUUUGGUGUAGUAAUAGGAACACGUUAGGUGAUGUUAAGCGAUUUGUACAGACUGAUAUUUUACGUUCAUUAGCAGCAAGAAUUCAAGUUUACUGUGAUGGAUUAACCGAUCCUCAUGUUACCAACGACUCUGUAUUUAUAAGCGAACCUCCACGACGUGUUUUUUUCAACUUAUUUGCGGAUGGAACAGUCAAUCCAAUUCAAUUUUCAGAAUAUAUAUUUCGAGGAGAAGCUCCAACCGUGGCAGUGGCUCAAGCUAAACAAGUUCUCGAUUUGGACAUUAGUUUAGAAAAUAUAAUUGCAGACUUAGAGGGAUUACCCGAUGAUGAAAUAUUUAGUGAUGUGUCCUUAUCGAAUUUACAAAAAAAUUCUGCACAACCUAUAGUUAAUACAGCGAAAUACUUAACUCGUUCCAUGUACAUACUAAGUAUAACCAUAUCUCUUUUAGUGCUUUUAUGUUCUAUUUGGCUGCAUUAUUUCUUUGCUUAAUUACCAGUAUACCUAAUGAGAAACUUUAAUGUAACUAUACCUUCCAUCUAUAUAAAGUAAUUUUCAUUUAAAAACAUGUUCAUUGUAUUAUGUCUUGUAAAUAAAAGAAUCAUUGUGUUUUUUAUA